AUGGAAGAAGGACAAGCAAUCACCUCAGAUAAUAGCUUCUAUGAUAAGUGUAAGGCUUAUUUAAAUGCUUUGGAUCAAGAAAGCUAUAAUUAUUAUCAUUUAAAAGCAUCGAUUGAACGUUAUAUCAACGACAGAGUUGAUUUAAAGCCGUGCAUAUUAGGCGGUAUAUUUGUUAAUACUGUAGACAUCUAUGACACAUCUGAAGAAGAACUUAGUAAUGAUUUAAAAGCUAUUACUGCGGCUAUGUAUAUGAUUUUAAAAGAUAAAGAGAUAUAUUUAGGUAUUGAUGAUUUAAAGAAUACCAUCUAUACAUAUUUUAUGAUGGGAAAUCUAUGUCUUUGGUAG